CAGCAUCCAACAUCCUUGAGGCGCGGUUUGUGUACGGUCGAGCAACGCGUAGGGUCAUCAUGGUCUACAACUGGGAACCUCACAAAGAUGCAUUGUACAAACUCUACAUCGAAGAGCGCAAGUCACUCGAAGAGAUUAUGCAGUACAUGCGAGAUACCACCGACUUUAGCCCUUCCAAACGAGCAUUCCAGACCCAGUUCAAGCGAUGGGGUUUCCCUUCGAAACGUAAACCCGCCCAUCGUGAUGAGGACCUGGUGGAACGCGUAAGACAACUCUGGGAAGCCAACUACAGCCAAAGAAAUAUGCUCGCGGUGCUACAUGCAGAAGGUCAUGAUAUCAAGGAGAGGGAACUUAUGAGACUGCGUGCAAAACAUCGCUGGUUGAUGAGGAUUCCGAAUGGCGCCAAGCAGACACCGAUGGACGAAGAAGAGGCUUCUUUUGAAGCGCAGUUGCUUCGUGUUGCUCAAGAAGAGGGUGCGCUCACUGAGCAAUCUCAACCUAUGCAGCCUGUCAUUCCUGACGAACCACCCGAGGAGUUCGUUCAAAGACAGAGAGAGCGCCUCGAGCAACUCAAGGAGAUCAGCGAGGAACGACGGAAGAAGAAGAAGCGUCGUCGCCGAACCAAGGAAUACGCAGGACUUCCCGCCGAUCCGCCUGGACCACCACGGUUUCCUUCCGAGACAACACUCGAGGAAAGCAGAGAGAUCUUGUCUUUGUCUACAAAACAAUACCGUAUGAUUCGUGACCAAUUUCAGGCAAUGUGCGAAGCCGAGGGAAUCUUGCAGAAAACUGUUGCGGGAGCCGACAAGUGGCAAGCAAUCAAGAAUCGACUCAUUCAAGAAAGCGACAUCUUGCAGGCUAGGUUUUACACUGACCCGACAGAUCCUGUCGAGGCCAAGAAAAAGGAGCUUGCCCUGGAUGUCAUCUGCACUGAUGUCACUAAACGCCUACGGACCAUGGGCCGCCGCCUGACCAUCUUGGAGUCGAAGAAUGUUCUGGGUCUGAACCCGGAACAGAGCCGACAGAUCCGCAGUGGGUUCUAUGACAUUCUCAUGUCUGAGCACUACACGAGCAAGAUCGAGAUGGGCCCGGAGAAAUGGCAAGAGCUCAAAGAUAGAUGGAUCGCCAAUACUCCUUUGCUGCAACACAUUCUUGCUGACGGUGCAAAUAACCCCUUGCAUGAAAAGAAGACAUCUGCUUUGGAGCUUCUUUGUCGAGACGUCAUGAAGCGUGUUCGAGAUGAUAGAGCAAAGAAGAAGGGUACAUUCAGACAAAAAUCGGUACAAGCUUCAGUCGAUACAGAGAUGGAGUCAGCCUCCCAACCCACUGCGGACAACGCUUAUGCACCUCUACAGCCGGUCAACCCAUUCAGUGAAGUUGCUGCCGCCGCACAAAAUACUGAUCUCUCAGUCUUGCAGAUUGAUCCCGACUUGCUUCAAGCUGCUGAAAGCAAUGUUGCCGCCGCACCGCCCGUCUCUGCCAUCGUUCCUGUCUACAUUCGACCACAUCCUAGGUCAACAUUGUAUGCCAAUACUAAAAUGUGGCUUGGAUCAUUGUCGGCUCGUACGAUAGAAGAACUUCAUGCAUUGCUGGCUGUCAAAUAUCCCAAUACGAAACCUGCUCGCAUUGAGGGCGUUGAAAAGGAUGCUUCCGGCAAUGAGAUCCCUUAUCAGAUUGACGAAGAUGAUGAAUUGGAUGCAUAUCUUGACCACGUUCAAGGGCGCAAGGCGACAAUCGUUGUCCUUCUUCAGAAUGCAUGACCGAGACUAGUGAGUAAAGACGGCAGGCUUUCAGGAUGCUAGUGUAAAUUAGCUGGGGGUUCCAUGAUUGAAUGAACUAUGGCUACGAAAGGGGUUUCAUUUCUCAUUAUCAUACCGACCUCUGAUACUACUGGGACGUCGAUAUCGAAGGCGGUUAAUGCGGUAGAUUUGUAUGUGUAUGAAUAUUCUCAUCUAAGAGUAAAA